AUGGAAACUCAGAUUAAAGUCAAUUACCCAGAUUUCUUGCUUAAUAAGCAAGAUAAUCCUGCCAGAGCUAAGUUGCCAAACCCAAACAAAUCAAAACUUAGCUCUCCGAAAUAUUCAGUUUGAAAGCCUUCCAUAACUACGAUCCUAAAUCAUGAACUUCUCCCUCCCUGGCUUCAAGAUAUUGAACUAAAGCCAAUUGGAUAUCGUGGAAACGGAGUAAACAUAGCUGAUUUUUGGUCUCUAAAGCAGCGGCACGACGUCAUGAAAACUAUUUGUCAUUCAACUAUCAAAAGUAAAAUAGGAAAAGUUUUUCAUGAAGCUGAUGGCAUGGAUAGAAAAAAACACCUUGAAGAAAAGUUUUCUAGCUUCCCCUUCAUGAGCGAACAAAACCAUUAGAAAAAUCCCUAUUUUUGCCUAAAAGCCCACCCUCUGUGAGUGAACAAAAAUUUUUUAUGAAAAAAAUUGAUAAUUAUUAUAAUAAAAUCUCUAGCUAAUUUUGUUUAAUUUUAAACAAAUUGAGUUUUAAAACAUAAAUUUACAAAUUAAAUAAAUAUUGCUUUUCCAAUUUUUGCAAAGUGGGAUUUUUUUAAAUUUCGAAAAAACAAAUUUUUCUAUAAAAUUUAUAUUUUUAAUUUUUUAAAAAUAAUUAAGCGAACAAGACUUUUUGUUCGCUCACGGAGGGGGGAGUAAAAGAGAUAUAAAUUCUUGGAGGCAUAGAUCAUCAUCAAUACCGAAAGGAAUUAAAACACCUGGACCACCAUCUCCACAAUCAGUUCCACAUAGCCCGCUUUUUAAAAACCAAAAAAUGACAUUUGCUGCUUUAAGUAGCAAAGUUUUGCCUUCACACACGAAGACAGCUGACAGCAGACUUAAACAUAAAUUCAGCUCUUCUACAAGACCAUAA